UGGGUAGGGCAGAGUUGAUGUCAGGGUUGUGUCGAGUACCCAAAAUAUCUUUACCGAGAGGAUUACCGUUCAGUUCAUGUAUUGUCUAUCUAUUUGCCAGCGUAUUUACACCAAUGAUGUGUACUUACCGUCUUCAAAUGUCCCUCCAAGAAAGAUUCCAGAACGUUUCACCCCUUAACCGUCCCCACCCCACCUAACACCAGGAUCUUGGCGGGGCGGCUGCUCACCUUACCCCGGAUUGCCGGCACUCCGCCGCCUCAAGCCCCUUGCCUGCCUGUCUUGGACAACUUCAAAUCAUCCCCUAUCUCAACUUUUUUCUGUUGCCAGCACCACGUUCAACGACCUACCCAUCGAGGUACCUAGAGCUUUAUUGCUAUCAUUGCAACGCCGACGACCUUAGCUUUCGUGGCUCACCCUUACGCUUCGCAUCACACGCGCUCGAGAGCAUUUCCAACUGGUUAAUAAGCGAGUCCAUCACCCUCCUUGCUGCGUCCAACGAAUUCGACAUUUGGCAUACCCACAGAGACCGAACCUUGAGCGACGGCGACGGCGACGACGAUCAAGAUCGGUAAAUACAGAGAGAGAGAUAGAGAGAGAGGGAGAGAAAGAGAGAAAAGAAGAGAGAAAGCUUGAGGGUUCUUCUUUGCGUGUGGCGCGACCGGCAUGGUAGAAAGAUGGGCAUAGACCCUCGACCACUGCUGCUGCUGCUGUCCACCCUCCACGACGCUGCUGCUGCUGCGCGGCCGGUCCCAGAUCUUUUUUCCUGCGAGUUCGUCUUUGCGUCGAGGUAGAAAUAUAUUGGAUCGAUCUGACGGACGAAAGCGAUACAUCCAGUAUAUAACACAUAAUACCCGACGGGGAGGGGGGAAGCUCUGUCUACAAGUCCAUAGGCCAGACCUAUCGAUACAGUUGGAGACCUUUCCAACACUUUAGCUUUUGCCUUUUUUUUUUCCUUUUUUUUUUCAGUACAGAAAUCCAACAGCCACAAUGACACGACGAAUUGUCCGGACAAUAGUCCAAACUUCCACCGCCGCCAUCUUCACCUUCAUCGUCAUCUUCUUCCUUGACCGGCACUACCGCGUCUUGCCAAACGCAAUCCACACCUAUCUCCCCACGCACCACCACGGCUCCGUCAUCACGGACAUCACCCUCACCACUUGCUCCUCUCUAAACCCCUUCUCAAGCUGCAAGCUUGAUCCCAAAAAAUGGCACAGGGUAGAGAAGGAUUUGUAUCUCAAACAGUCGGUGCUCAGCAGCGCCUACCUUCACGUCCAGCGUAAGCGAGAAGAGGAGUUGACCUCAGAAGACAAGGUCGUCAUCGACGUAACAGUCGGGAGACUCAACCCUUCCAAGUCGUCCGAGAACUCAGACUCGGAAGAGAAGUGGGAGUCCCGUCCUGGCGGCCUCUGGAUCAAGCGCUCCUCCAAACGGGGGGUAUCAGACUCGAAAUCGGCCGUCACGGCGGUUGAUGUUCUUUUCGGGGACGAUGCCAUCGAGGCGAGGGCCGGGUGGAUGCUGACUGGUUCGACGGCUUUGCUUCUCGACGGAGGGAGGAAGUUCCAUGCUGCACACAUCACUGUUCGGAGGGGGGCGCCGGUCGAGAUCACCAAGCCUGUGCCGCGGGUGAAGGAUAAUGGACGGUAUAAAAUCAUGCAGUUGGCUGAUAUUCACUUUUCGACGGGGGUGGGGAAGUGCAGGGAUAGCCUGCCUGGUGGGUGGGAUGAGAAGCAUGGGGGCAAGUGCGAGGCGGACACGAGGACGAUUGAUUUUAUCGAGAGGGUUAUCGAAGAAGAAAGGCCUGAUCUGGUGGUGCUGUCGGGGGAUCAGGUUAACGGGGAGACGUCGCCCGACACGCAGUCGGCCAUCUUCAAGUACGCCCAGCUGUUGAUCAAGCACAAGAUCCCGUAUGUUUCCAUCUUUGGCAACCACGACGACGAGGGGUCGAUGUCGAGGGCUGCGCAGAUGGAGCUGAUCGAGGCGUUGCCGUAUUCCCUCUCCAAAGCCGGACCAGUGGAUGUCGACGGUGUGGGGAACUAUUACAUCGAAGUGCUCGCACAGGGGAGCUCGGGGCAUUCAGCCAUCACGGUCUAUCUGCUUGACACGCACGCGUAUAGUCCGAACGAGAGGAAGUACCAUGGGUAUGACUGGUUGAAGCAGAACCAGAUCGAUUGGUUUCGGCAGACGGCGAAGGGGUUGAAGAAGGCGCAUAAGGAGUACAGGAAGCAUCAUAUGGAUGUUGCGUUUAUUCAUAUUCCGAUUCCGGAGUAUAGGGAUAUGAAUCUGACGAUUGUGGGGGAGUGGAUGAGGGAGGCGAGUACGGCGCCGGCGUAUAAUUCGGGGUUCUACGGGGCGUUGGUUGAGGAGGGGGUGAUGAUGGUUAGUUGUGGGCAUGACCACGUGAACGAGUACUGCGGCCUGAAAUCCAUCAACGCCGAGGGCCAGCAGCCCAAGCCCGCAUUGUGGAUGUGCUACGCUGGCGCGACUGGCUUUGGCGGGUACGCCGGUUACGGUGGGUUUCACCGAAAGAUCAGGAUAUUCGAUUUCAACACCAACGAGGCGAGGAUUACGACGUGGAAGAGGUCAGAAUGGGGGGAGGAUGUGGGCAAGAAGAUUGACGAGCUGAUUAUUGUCGAUGGGGGGAAGGUCGUGGCGCCCAUGCAGGGCUGAGGACGACUGCCGUGGGGAGUGUACCUACGUAACGGGGCAAGAUAUUACAUACUGUGUACAAAUGACAGCGGUUUUGGGGCAGCUGAGAUCUUGACAGGUGAUGGCGGGUGGGGAGGGCGGUGAAUCAAGUUUCAGGGGCACUGACAACGUCUGACGGAUUGGAAGCGCGUUUUGGUAUUGAGAGCGCAUUUAAGUGCUGAGAGCGCGUUUUGGAGAGGCUGAGAGACCAGCGCUUGAUAUUGAUAAUUUGACAGCAUAUAAAAUCAUGAAAAUUCUACGAAAACGGCAUUUUUGCAACGAAAAACAGACGAUAAAUCCGUCAAUUUCAAUGUUUCCAACGAUUUCCCGUCAAAAGAGCAUUUCCCUGUGUUUUUAUGACCAGAAAUGAUAUAUCUCGAUCUUCUCAAGUUCCCAAGCAAAAGCAACCCCUGAUUUGUUUGCUUCACGAUCCUCUGCAUAUGCACGAAAAAGGGGUGCUGCAACCCCUGCUUUUCCCGCGUAAAAUCCAUGUUCCACAAGGCAACUCCCAAAAACAGUGUCAUUUUCGCAUAUUUUCCGCAAAAAAAUAGAAAGAAAAAAACCCCCCUUCAUCACCAUAACACCCCCUUCGCGAUGCUUGGGAUCUUGUGAACGUAUAGGCCAGCCAAGCGACCGUGCGCGCACGGGAAAGGGGGACCAGCGACUGCGCGGAUUGACGUUGGCGGGGGAAUCAGGCCUCUCCUUUUUUGGAUAUUCCUUCCUCCCCCUCCUACGCGGGCGGCGAGUAGAGGUAGAUGCUGUGGUGGAGUUCGCGUUGUAUGUAGAUGAUGAGGGCCAGGGAUGUGGCUGCGGGGGUGGCGUUGGUUGUAAGGGAGAUAUCUACCUAGGCAGCAGGGUCGGCCGGGAAGGGGAAAGAGGGUGGUAGAGGUGAUGAUGGUAGAGGUGGCAAUGAUACUGAUACCUCUUCGUUAGCGAUGUCGAUCAAGGGGUGCUUCUGGCGAGUAGUGUUGAGAUCGUCGUCGGGUUUGGAAUGCUGGGGGUGAGGUUUGCGGUCGGGAUCGUAAUCGACGGUUAUUGCUUCGGUGUGUGAUAUUUUUUGGGGACGGAGAUGGCGAUAGAGAUGAUGAAAUCCAUUACGCUUCUAAGUGGUAAAAAGGGUAGGUGGGUUCAGCGCUCUCCGGGUGGUUCUGGGGGUAGUCCUAGGGCUGGCAGGUGUUCUCAUUGCGCCAGCAAGUUGAAUUCUCAAGAGAUAGGAAUUGCAACAGCAACAGCAACAGCACCAGCACACUGAACGCCCAAGAAAUAGAAGC